GUUUAAUAUGUAGGCAAGGAAGAGGCGCUGUCGUCACUUCCUGUUUCGUCCCCUCAAUUAUACAUUCAAUCGGUGCUGGCGGAGGUGGAGGAAAGAUGUCGGGUGCCGGGGGAGGGAAGCGCCCCCUGGGAGCGGACAGUCCUCCUGGCCCACCUGAGAAAAAGAGCAAGAAAGAAGAGAAGACCACCACGACACUUAUAGAACCCAUACGCAUAGCUGGCGUCUCCUCCACGGAGGAGAUGGACAUGAAGGUACUGCAGUUCAAGAACAAGAAGCUCUGCGAGCGCUUGGAGCAGAGGCAGGCGAUGGAAGAUGAGCUACGAGAGAAAAUUGAAAAGCUGGAGAAGAGACAGGCCACUGAUGACACCACCCUCCUGAUUGUUAAUCGGUACUGGUCCCAGCUGGAAGAGAGCGUGACCGUUCUGCGCAAAUGUAUCGAGCCAGAACCAGCGCCGGCGUCUGCUCCUGCCCCGCCCUCAGCUCCGCCCCCAGACGCCACCGCCAUGGAGGACGAUGGGGUCGGCCUGUCUUCGCCCACCGCCGCGCUUCCCCCGCCGCCUCUCCCAGAGAGCCAGAGUGACGGCGGGCAGACGGAGCAGCAGGAGGAGCGUCCGGACGAUCGGCGGGACGAGCCGCCGCAGCCGCCGCCUCCUGCUGGAGCGGACGAGUUAACGGCACCGGCUGAGCCGCCCUCAGAUUCUAAAGCAGACGCGUCGCCGCCGCCGCCGCCUCUGAGUGAGAAUGCAAAGGGAUUCUUGGCCACGCUGGAGCAGAGCAGCGAGGAGGAACUGUCCUUACACCUCCAGGACCGCAUGCUGUUCAGCAAGGACGCCAUAGCCCACUUAGUCCGCGUCUUUGACAGGCUGCACAGUCGCAUCGAGGACAUGUGCAAGGCCAUCCAGGCUGCAGCAGGUGAGGAUGGUAGCCAGGCGGAGGCCAGACUGAACCCCGGCCUGCUGGACGACAACGUCCGACUGCGAGAUCUGGCCACCCUGCUGCAGGGCCGACACCACAAGAUGUCCCUGGAGUACAAUGAGUGGGUGGACAAGGUGACGAGUGCAGAAACUAAAGUCUCUGAGAUGGAGACAACAGUGGAGGAUCUUCAGUGGGACAUCGAGAAGCUUCGCAACCGGGAGCAGAAGCUCAACAAACACCUGGCUGAGGCCAUGGAGCAGCUUAAAUCUGGAUACAGCAGCACCGGCAGCUCAGGUGGCCUAGCUGGAGGACAGAUAACUCUGAACAUUCAGAAGUUUGAGAGUCUGAAUGCAGAGCUGGAGCACAACCAGGAGCUGGCUAACAGCCGCAUGGCAGAGCUGGAAAAACUGCAGCUGGAGCUCCAGGAGGCUGUGAGGGAGAGCGAGAAGCUCAAGAUGGACCUGCGCAAUAUUCCAGAAGAAGUAGUGAAAGAAACGUCAGAAUAUAAAUGCCUGCAGUCGCAGUUCUCGCUGCUCUACAAUGAAUCUCUUGGAGUUAAGACUCAGCUGGAUGAGGCGCGGGCGCUGCUGCUCACCACCAAGAACGCUCACCUCAGACAGAUCGAGCACAUGGAGAGCGACGAGCUGUCCCUGCAGAAGAAGCUGAGGACGGAGGUCAUCCAGCUGGAGGACACCUUGGCCCAGGUCCGCAAAGAGUACGAGAUGCUCCGCAUCGAGUUUGAGCAGAACCUGGCCGCCAACGAGCAAGCAGGACCAAUCAACAGGGAGAUGCGACACCUGAUCAGCAGCCUUCAAAACCACAACCUGCAGCUGAAAGGCGACGUGCAGCGCUUCAAGAGGAAGCUGCGGGAAACGCAGCUGGAGAUCAAUAAGCUACGCUGCCAGAGCGGCGACUCGGGGGUUCUGAUCCUAGAGGAGACGACCAGCGACAGCAUCGACGUCAAAAAGGAGGAGGACGAGGACCAGGAGGAAGAGGAGGAGAGGAGGAAGGAGCUGGAGAGACAGCGGGCUCGGGAAAGGGAGCGGGAACGAGAGCGGGAGGCGGAACGGGAGCGAGAGAGGGAGCGGGAGAGGGAGAGGCAGCGCAGCGACGAGCUGAAGAGGAAAGACUCUGACACCCUGAAGAUGCUCCGCGUGGAACUCAAGAAAGCCCAGGAGUCUCAGAAGGAGAUGAAGCUCCUGCUGGAUAUGUACAAAUCAGCUCCAAAGGAGCAAAGAGACAAAGUGCAGCUUAUGGCCGCCGAGCGCAAAUCAAAAGCCGAGGUGGAGGACCUGAGGAUGCGAGUGCGAGAGCUGGAGGAGAGGGAACGGAAAGAGAGCAAGAAGCUGGCCGACGAGGACGCCCUGAGGAAGAUCCGCGUGGCGGAGGAGACCAUCGAGCAUCUGCAGAAGAAGCUCGCCGCCACCAAGCAGGAGGAGGAGGCCCUGCUGAGCGAGAUGGACGUGACGGGACAGGCCUUCGAGGACAUGCAGGAGCAGAACAGCCGGCUGCUGCAGCAGCUGCGCGAGAAGGACGACGCCAACUUCAAGCUGAUGAGCGAGCGCAUCAAGUCCAACCAGAUCUACAAGCUGCUGAAGGAGGAGAAGGAGGAGCUCGCUGACCAGGUCCUCACCUUCAAAACCCAGGUGGACGCCCAGCUGCUGGUGGUGCAGAAGCUUGAGGAGAAGGAGGGAGUCCUGCAGACCACCCUGGCUGCUCUGGAGAAGGAGCUGGCUGUCAGAACACAGGCGCUAGAACUCAACAAGAGGAAGGCGGUGGAGGCAGCUCAGUUGGCGGAGGACCUGAAGGUGCAGCUGGAGCACACGCAGGCCAAGCUGAAGGAGAUCCAGGUCUCUGUGGCCGAGAACCGCACCGCCCGGGAGAGGGAGAGCAGCAACCUGAAACGAGCUCAGGAGGACCUGUCCCGGCUGAGGAGGAAGCUGGAGAAGCAGAAGAAGGUGGAGGUGUACUCCGACGCAGACGAGAUCCUGCAGGAGGAGAUCAACCAGUACAAGGCCAAGCUGCGCUGCCCCUGCUGCAACACGCGGGACAAGGAGACCGUCCUCACCAAGUGUUUCCACGUCUUCUGCUACGAGUGUCUGAAGAUGCGCUACGACACGCGGCAGAGGAAGUGCCCCAAGUGCAACUGCGCCUUCGGAGCCAACGACUUCCACCGCAUCUACAUCACCUGAGCGCCGCGGCAACCGGGAACGCCGUGGCAACCGGGGAAUGCCGCUGCAUCCGGAAAAGACAGACCGAACCAAAGGAGAGAGGAACCCGAGAACUGGAGAUGCUCUGAGAGAGAGACCGAUCUCUUUGGAGAGACUCGUUUUACCACAUUUCUGCUAUUUGGUGACCAAACGUAGUGACGAAGCUGAGCGAGUGUCGUGAGCUACUUCAAUAAACACAUUUGUCAGCCGUGACGUUUUUACA